AUGGCUUCCAACAGAGCUAUGCUCAACGCCUUUAUGGCAAGAGAUUUCCUAUCAGUCCCUUCAAAACUCGGAGUUCUCACAAGGAGGCCAUUAAGAACAAGUAAUCUUCCUGGGCGCUCUCGAUCCUAUGCAUCGACCUCCAAGUCGAAAACAAACUCGAAUUAUCGCCAAAACCCAAAUCCGGGUUCUUAUGGGCCUGGAAAGGCAGGUCCUUGGUCCAUGCCCAGAGCAUUGGCUCUUUCCGCUUUCACUGGAUUUGGAACAUAUUUCUGGGGGAUCAAGGGGACUGAGAGAAACCCUGCCUUGGAGGCAUCUACUGUCCAUAAUCUACGAGAUAUCCCGGUUUAUGGGUCCGCUAAGGAUAUGCAAAAUGCCAUUCAUGAGAUUCGUGAUUUGCUUGGUGAUGAUGCUAUCAGCACCGACGAUGAAGAUCUCCUUCUUCAUGGUUAUUCCGAAUGGUCUACAACGAAUGUCGAAAGACUACCAGUCGCCGUUGUAUAUCCUAAAAACACUCAAGAAGUUUCGGUUAUUGCCAAAACAUGUCAUAAAUACCGGGUCCCGAUGAUUCCAUUUUCCGGUGGAUCAAGUCUUGAGGGAAAUUUCUCUGCCCCAUACGGUGGCAUGAGUGUAGACUUUUCCAACAUGGACCAGAUAGUAGCUAUGCAUGAAGACGAUAUGGAUGUCGUAGUUCAGCCAGCAGUAUCUUGGAUGUCGCUUAAUGAAAGCAUACAAAACACAGGCUUAUUCUUUCCUGUGGACCCGGGCCCAACGGCUAAAAUUGGAGGAAUGGUGGGCACAAAUUGCAGUGGAACUAAUGCCGUUCGAUACGGAACGAUGAAAGACUGGGUCAUCAACCUUACGGUUGUACUCGCGGAUGGAACAAUUAUCAAAACUCGAAAGCGUCCGAGGAAGUCUUCAGCGGGAUACAAUCUUAACAGCCUAUUCAUUGGGUCUGAAGGAACUCUCGGAUUGGUUACUGAAAUCACCCUAAAGCUCGCAGUUAUACCCCCGGAAACUAGCGUUGCAGUCGUAACCUUCCCCUCAAUAAGAGAAGCAGCUGCAGCCGCUUCAAAAGUCAUCAGAUCCGGAGUCCAAGUAGCUGCUGUCGAAAUAAUGGACGAGGUGCAAAUGAUGGUUAUCAACAAGUCUAAGUCGACUAAGAAGGUGUGGAAAGAAGAGCCCACUCUCUUCUUUAAAUUCUCAGGAACUCAGUCAGGGAUUCAAGCAGAUAUCGACACCGUCAGGGCGAUUGCGAAGGACUUUAACGGUGGAGAGUUCGAAUUUGCACGAACAAUCGAGGAGCAAAAGACGCUGUGGUCUGCAAGAAAGGAGGCGUUAUGGAGCAUGCUUGCAUUACGUGAAAAGAGUGGCGAUGUCUGGUCAACAGAUGUUGCAGUGCCUCUUUCAAGGCUCGCUGAUAUCAUCGAGCUUUCGAAGAAGGAGCUUGACGACUUAGGAAUGUUUGCAAGUGUCCUCGGCCAUAUCGGCGAUGGCAAUUUCCAUGAGAGUAUCAUGUAUGACAAAAGCAACCCGAAGGAACGGGCCGCUGUCGAGCAGUGUGUCCACACUAUGGUCGACCGUGCUCUUGAAAUGGAGGGUACAUGCACCGGUGAACAUGGCGUGGGCCUCGGUAAAAAGGAGUAUCUCUUAAAAGAAUUGGGGGUCGAUACUAUCGGUGUUAUGCGGAAAGUGAAACUCGCUUUGGAUCCUCUCUGGCUCCUGAAUCCAGGAAAGAUAGUCGACGUGAUCUCGCCUGAGAUCCACUAA